UAACAUAACAGCUUGCUUCCUGCAUUAUGGCUAAAGCCCAUUCAUUCAGUCUCUCUCCAUUUUGAGUAAAGAAUUAGCCUUGUUUAAUUGCACAACAUUCUAAAGCUCAGUUAUCCUAUAUUUCCCCAGACUCUGGUAUUAAUGAAGACAGACCUUUGUCUCAAAUGCUACUGAAUAAGGUUCCCAGCACAUCAUCAUCAUCUACAGAAACAGAUAUAUUACAAUAUUCUAAUUUAAGAAUUAAUAACAAAAAGGACCCGUGGCUUCAUAGGGAGGACAUGAGGAGGAGGGAGAUUGUGAGAACUGUAGGAGUAAGAGGAAAGGAGACAAUCAUAGCACAGGCUGGCAAAAGGAAUUCAAGAGGUUAGUGUAUUCAUGUGCACAAUGCAGAAAAAAGUAAAAAACAUGUCGAACUCGGCUCAUCAGACCAGAUCUUUGUGUGUGGUGGUUUUACCCAACAAGACGCAACUCAACAUUAAUGUUGGGCUACAAUGCAAAGGACAAGAGGUAAUAAGUCAACUAUCUCAGUUACUUGGUAUUACAGACCUUCAUCUUUUUGGGUUGAGUUUACAAAAGGAAAACAACCACCUAUUCCUGGACCUGGAGAAGAAACUAAUCACCUACUUCCCUCAAUCAAAAAAGCAGAUGAUACUGCCGGACCGGGUUCUUCAUCUAAGAGUUCAGUACUAUGUGAGAAAUGGUCGGCAUAUUGUAGAUGAGAAGGUCUGCAGUCUGUACUGUGCUGAUCUGAAAAACAGAGUUUUGAGCUCUCUGUGUUACGAGCAGGAAGGUUUAUACUUCCAGCUGGCUGCAUAUGCCUUACAGGCAGAGAUGGGUGACUGGAAAGAAGAAGUGAAACCUUACUUCACUCCACAGGACUAUUUUCCUUCUUGGAUUUUGUUAAGGCGUGGAUGUGACUAUGUGGUGCAGCAUACUCCAGAGCUGCACAGAGAACUGAGAGGAAUGUCUGCACAUGAUGCUUCUCUGCUCUACAUCGAGGAAGCCUGUAGCUUGUGUGAUGUGCCUUGCACAUUCUACAGCAUGAGCAAGGGAAAAAAGGAAAAGAAAGCCAACACGCUGCUGGGCUUGGCUUUGACAGGACUGAACAUAUAUGAACUAGAGAUAGACAGUGGAGAAUAUCAGCUUUUGUAUGAAUUUCCCUGGUCAAGCAUAGAUUGUCUUAAAUUUCAGGGACGGCGUUUUGAGAUAAAGACGUGCAUUUUGGCUGGGAAAGUCCUGGAGAUGUAUACGCAGUCAGUGAUGCACUCACAUCACCUCCUGAAGCACAUGAGCAACAACCAUCGCCUUCACAUGAAACACACAUCAGAACAGCUGCAGAGACAAGAGAGAAGGCAGCAAAAGGAGAUGUAUGUCAGGGACAAUACUGACCCAGACUCAGAGGAUAGUGAAGAUGAGCUUCCAUCCUUGAAGAAAUACCUGGACAAGGCCCGGCAUCAGAGUGCUGACUCGUUGGCAAAUAUCUUAGUAGGAAAUACAGCUUGGGAAGUACCUAAAAAACAAACAGCUGACUUAGAUGAGAUUGAGCUGUGUGUUGAUGAGCCAGAGGAGAUGUGUGUUGAUGAUGUUGAAGAGAUCACAUGGUUGACUGAACUUCGGGACGGUGUGUCUGUAGAUGGGCCUCCAUUAGUCACUGUGUCUCAAUGGAUUGAUUGUACAAAGGAGAUGAAACAGGUUUUAAGGUUGAGAGCUUGCAGUCUUUCUCCGGACCAGUGCAAGGGGAACGUAGACAACGUUUACGUCUCACACUCACUCAACUCAGACGAAGAAAUGUCUGCACCCUACUGACAUACAAGCAUAAAGAAGAAGACAUUAUAUUUUAGCCAUUGUAGGAAAUUUUAAAUAACAAAAAAUAAUAUAAACUAAAUAAAAAAUUAUAUAAAAUAAAGAAGUAGAAUAUCAUUGAACAGCAAAAGCUAUGAGCAACUUCCCACACGUUUGGUGGCAGCAGAUGGGGAAAUAAUGUCAGCAGAUGGGGAAGUAUCAGAAAUCAGAAUAAACAUGUAUCAUGCCUGUAAGGUGCCUGUCAGAAACCAUCACUCCUUUACAAGUAAGACCUCACAGUGCACUGUUGUAGAGUGGGAUAUAGUAUGUUAAACACACAAUAUAAAGUAAAAUAAACACCAUUCUCACUAGAAAAUAUUAAAGAAGAGGACCAUUAAGUAGACUUUAUACAAGAAACCUAUAGCACGCUUAUUCCUAUAUAAGUAAAGGCGUUCCCACAUGUAAGGCCUGUAAGAAUAUUUGCGCAAUGGCACACAGGAAAUUAGGAAAUGAGGGUAUAUGGUGCAUGUUGGGUGACUGAUUAUAACACUUGUACCCUUGGCACAAGCUGGAUUGUUUGCUGUCUUGCCAAUAAACCAAUCCUCGUCUAAAUCCAGUCUUUAAGCACAAAAUGUUGCUGAUCGUGCUGUGUAUCUUUCUCUCGGCUGGCAGCAGUUUUCAACAAGAAAGCUGCAAGUACAAAGUGGCACUUCUACAAAAUAAGACUGUCUCCUGCUUUAGAAAAAUGAAGGAUACAAACCCCUGUAAUGAAAAGAAUCCCAACUGCAUAAGAGAAAUAAGGAAUGACCUGAUGUGCAUCAAAUGGUCUGGUGCAGAUGUGACAUGUCGAAAUAUUGAUCUUAAGGAGGUCCCAAUCGGGAAUGUAACAUGUGCUAAAGAUCAAGAAAGUUUAAACUGCACUAGAGAUUUUCCCGUGUCUCCCACACCGGAAGUGGCCUCGGCAUCAUCCGCAACCAUGUAUUGUGGAGGUGGUUGUAUUUUACUGCUGUUCAUAGUCAAUGUUUUUUUAUUUUAAAUGAUUCAAGCUGUUUCCUCUUUGGCACACACCUAGUACCAGAGUUUCACAAGAGUUCUUAGGUUCUUACUUUUUAAUACUGACAUUAGUUAAAUUAAGUUAGGUUAUCUUAUUUAUCAAAUCAAAUAGGAAACUUAUUUAAUUUUUGGUUAGUUUAGUUAGUUUAACCCUUUGUUAACCUUUCUCCUUUCAUUGUGACUUUGAAUGUCUUUGUGUAUUAUGACACUAGAAUUUAGUUUCUAAUAGAAACUACUUAAUUCAUUUUCAUCUUUGCUUGUGAAUAUGAUUCUGUAGUCUACACAAGCAGAGAUCAAAAUGAUUCUUUGUAUAUCAACCUUUAUCAGUGAUUAAAGGGUAAAACCAAUGAAUACUUGUACUGGGUAGGGCUCUGUGUAAUCAGUGUCUAAACAGUUUGUUGAUAUUAUUUUAUUUUAAACUAUGUUAGUUGUUACUUAUCUUGUCAAUAAACCUAGUAUAUUAAUUACA